CUACACCAACCAGCCGCAAGCAUGUUCUUCCGUCGAGUGCUUCAGGCCAUCACAAUUGGCGCUUGUGCCAGCCUCUCCUUAGCCAACCCGAUUGACCUGAAUGAGCUAGGUCUGCAACCUGAGAAACGGGCAGAUCCGAGUCUUGUCGGGUAUCUGGGGGCCAUCUUUCUCGGUGCAGACCCUUAUGUCUACUUCUACCUCAGCAACGGCAACGACCCGCUCUCGUUUAAAUCGCUGAAUGGCGGCCAGCCUAUCCUCCGCCCAACAAAGGGAACCGGUGGUGUUAGAGAUCCGUAUCUGGUCCAAGGCGGGGGGGCUGAAGCUGGGAAGAAGUGGUACAUCAUUGGCACUGACCUGAACAUCGCCUCGACAACCUGGGAUGCGGCGCAGCGAACUGGCUCAAGGGGUAUCUUCGUCUGGGACACCAGCGACCUCACCACCUUCAGCGGCGAGCGCCUCGUAGAGGUGGAAGAUGCCAGCGCCGGCAUGGUGUGGGCACCCGAAGCGAUCUGGGAUGCCGCAAAGGGCCAAUACUUGGUCCACUGGGCGUCUAAAUUCUACGCCGCCUCCGACACAGCCCACACCGGCUCCCCCUCCAACAUCCGCAUCCGCUACGCCUACACCAGCGACUUCAAGACCUUCAGCGCGCCGCAAACCUACAUCGACUACGCGCCGACCAACAUCAUCGACCUCGACAUCCUGCCCCUCGACACCGCCGGCAAGAGCUACCUGCGCUUCAUGAAGGACGAGACCGCCAAGACCGUCUUCCUCGAGUACACGACGGGCGGGCUGUUCGGGACGUGGACGCGCGCCGGCGGCAGCAGCGGCACCAUCACCUCUGGGGUGGAGGGCCCGGCGGCGUACCGCGACAACAAGGACGAUGCGAAGGUGCACGUGCUGCUGGACUUCUACGGCGGCGACGGGUACAGGCCGUACGAGAGCACGGACCCCGAGGCCAACCAGUGGGCGGCGAGUGCGAGGACCGCGUUCCCGAGUAAUCUGAGGCACGGCAGUAUCUUGCCGAUCAACCAGACGCUGUAUGAUAGCUUGAGCGCGAAGUGGAGCUCGUGA